AAAGAAACCACAGGACCCGUAAGAUUUUCUACCUGUAGAAGUUCCAUGCAGGAGCCCAUAUGCUGAGGCUGUGUGUCACGUUCUUCUGCCUUUUGUAUGGGGUGAAAACAGAUCCCAAGGAGACAUGUCCUGCUUUCACUGCGCUCAGCUUCAGCAGCGCCCUGAUAGGGACCGACCUGCAAGUGAAGCUGAUGCUGUACACCAGGCAGAACGAAGACUGCGCCGAAGAGCUCAAUUCUACAGCCUCCAAGUAUCUAGAUCUCAGCAAGAAAACCACCUUCAUUAUCCACGGGUACCGGCCCACAGGCUCUGCCCCAGUCUGGAUCACUGACCUGGUGCAUCUCCUGCUUUCUGUAGAGGACAUGAACGUCAUCGUGGUGGACUGGAACCGAGGGGCAACUACUAUCAUCUACAGCAAUGCUUCCAGCAAUGGCAAGAAAGUUGCUGAGAUUCUGAAGAAAUUUAUGGAUGAAAUGUUGAUGAACGGCGCGUUGCUUGACUCCAUUCACAUGAUAGGAGUAAGCCUGGGAGCACACAUCUCCGGCCUCGUGGGACAGAUGUUUGAUGGGCAGCUGGGAAGGAUCACAGGUAACCUUCCUGCUUCCAGGACUGCUGCUCACAGCAAUCAUUGUCAGCUGUGCUUUGGGCUGAUGGCACACGCAUGGUUUUGCGUUGCAGGGCUUGACCCAGCAGGCCCCCUGUACAGAGGAAAGCCACCCAGCGAGAGGUUGGACCCCAGUGAUGCACAGUUUGUUGAUGUCAUCCACUCGGACACCGAUGGACUGGGCUACGCAGACACCCUCGGCCACAUUGACUUCUACCCCAAUGGUGGCACCGACCAGCCAGGCUGCCCUCUGACAGUAUUUGCUGGAUUGAAGUACUUUAAAUGUGACCACCAGAGGUCUGUUUUCCUGUUCAUGGCAUCCCUGAAAAAGAGCUGCAAUAUCACCACGUACCCAUGUGAGUCAUACAGGAGCUACAGGAGGGGGAAAUGUACCAGCUGCGAAACCUUCCAACCCAUGCCAUGCCCCAUCCUAGGCUAUUACGCCCACGAGUGGAAAAGCCAUUUAACAGAGCAGAGCCACCCAGUGACAACCAUGUAUUUUGAUACCGCGGACCAAGAGCCGUUUUGCUUAUACCACUACUUUGUGGACAUCGUGACGUGGAACAAAGGCACCAGGAGAGGCACGCUCAGCGUGGUGUUAGCUGAUGGCACUGGGAAGAAGGCAGAAUCCAAAGUUAACCCCGAAGCUGCAGCCUUCCAGCAGUACAACCACCUCAGUUUGCUCGUUGGAUUCAACCAGGAUUUUGAAAACGUAAAAAGGAUUUCUGUGACGUUUUCCACAGGAUCCGUCAUUGGCCCCAAAUUCAAACUCAGGAUUCUCCAAAUGAGGUUCCGCUCACUCACAAACCCAGAGAGGCCGCCGCUGUGCCGGUACGACGUGGUGCUGACGGAGAACGCGGAGCGCAGCUUCAGACCCAUCCCUUGCGGCGAGCGGCGGGGAGGAGCAGCACCAACAGCACCAACAGCAGCGGCGGCAGCGGCGGCAGCGGGCGGCUGAGAG